AUGGCGGGACAAUUAGGUUACCGCGAAUUAAUUCGCAAACAGUUCACUCCUCAAAAGAUGAUGUUCCACAUCCUCUUUUGGACAUUUCACUGGGGCAUCUUUGCUUAUGGAUGGUACAAGCAAGCUGCGGAUGAUCGACUAGCCGGCUUGAAUACCUUGAAAUUCUCCGUCUGGAUUUCUCGAGGUGCCGGUCUGGUGCUUAGCGUUGACGGAAUGCUUAUUCUUCUUCCUGUUUGCCGCACACUGAUGCGCUGGCUUCGACCCAAGCUUCGAUUCCUCCCUCUCGACGAGAAUCUGUGGUUUCAUAGACAGCUUGCCUAUGCCUUGCUAGUCUUCACCGUUUUCCACGUCGCCGCCCAUUACGUCAACUUUUUCAAUGUCGAGCAAACACAGAUCCGUCCUGUUAGCGCGCUCCAAAUUCACUACGCCCAAGCAGGCGGCAUUACUGGCCACGUUAUGUUGCUGUGCAUGCUUCUCAUGUAUACGACCGCUCAUUCUCGUAUACGUCAACAGUCGUUCGAAACUUUCUGGUAUACCCACCAUCUUUUUAUCCCUUUUUUGCUGGCUCUGUAUACACACACCGUCGGAUGUUUUGUGCGUGAUUCAGUCGAUGCCUUUUCGCCAUUUGCCGGAGAGCAAUACUGGACACACUGCAUCGGAUACCUUGGCUGGCGUUGGGAGCUGUGGACUGGAGGCUUUUACCUGAUUGAGCGUCUUUACCGAGAAAUCCGAGCUCGCCGGGAGACUAAAAUCACUAGGGUUGUCCGCCACCCUUACGAUGUCGUCGAACUUCAGUUCAGCAAGCCAUCAUUCAAGUACAAGGCCGGCCAGUGGCUCUUCAUUCAGGUCCCAUCCAUCUCGAAGUACCAGUGGCAUCCAUUCACCAUUACCUCGUGCCCCUUCGAUCCAUAUGUGUCUAUCCACAUCAGACAGGUUGGAGACUUUACUCGAGCUUUGGGCGACGCGACUGGUGCUGGUGGCGCUCAAGCCAAGCUCUAUGAAGGAGUUGACCCCAUGGGGAUGUACGAAGUUGCUCUGCAGAACGGACAGCAGAUGCCCGGCCUCCGAAUCGACGGACCUUAUGGAGCCCCCGCUGAAGACGUCUUCGAAAACGAAAUCGCUGUAUUGAUUGGUACCGGUAUUGGAGUCACUCCUUGGGCGGCUAUUUUGAAAAACAUUUGGCAUCUUCGAAACUCGCCUAAUCCCCCUACCCGACUUCGCCGUGUCGAAUUUAUCUGGGUUUGCAAGGACACCGGUUCCUUCGAAUGGUUCCAGACAUUGCUGUCGUCGCUAGAAGAGCAGUCCAACGAGGCUGCCCGCAUCCCCGGUAGCUCAGGCGUAGAAUUUCUCAAGAUUCACACCUAUCUCACUCAGAAGCUCGAUAUGGACACCACGCAAAAUAUUGUGCUCAACAGUGUAGGCGCCGAUAUGGACCCGCUUACUGAACUCAAAUCAAGGACUCACUUUGGUCGCCCUAACUUUAAGAGGCUUUUCAGCACUAUGCGAGAUGGUAUUCUUGAUAGGACGUAUUUAAGCGGUUUGGAGGGAAGCAUGCGAACUACAGUGGGUGUCUAUUUCUGCGGUCCCUCCGCAGCUGGUAAGUUGGACCUCAAACUUCAUCCUAAUACCAAGAUCGAGCCAAAUGUCUAA